AUGUCUCCCUUCCCGAAGCUCCUAUUGCUGAUACUCACGGUGGCCAUCUCCUCAGCGACGGCCUCCGACGACGAAAGAGUGAGCGAAUUGCUCUCCCUUCAAUCCAGAUCCAAAUCGGGCAUAAUCCACCUCAACGACCAAUCCCUCGCCAGAUUCCUCACCGCCGUCAAAACCCCGCGACCCUAUUCCAUCCUCCUCUUCUUCGACGCCGCGCAGCUCCACGAGAAGCCGGAGCUCCGCCUCACCGAACUCCGCAACGAAUUUUCCAUCGUCGCGUCCUCUUUCAUCACCAACAACCCAUCGUCUAAUUCCAAACUCUUCUUCUGCGAUAUCGAGUUCAAAGAGUCCCAGCUCAGCUUCUCCCAAUUCGGCGUCAACGCCCUCCCUCACAUUCGCCUAAUUGGGCCCAACAUGGGCCUCCAGGAGUCCGAGCCCAUGGAUCAGGGCGACUUCUCCCGACUCGCUGAUUCCAUGGCCGAGUUCGUCGAGGCCAAGACCAAACUCUCCGUGGGCCCCAUCCACCGUCCACCCAUCUUCUCCCGCAACCAGUUGAUCCUCAUCGCCGUCGUCAUCCUCGUCUGGAUCCCAUUUUUCAUCAAGAAGGUUCUCGCGGGACAGACCCUUCUUCACGAUCCUAAGGUCUGGUUGGCCGGUUCCGUCUUCGUUUACUUCUUCAGCGUUUCCGGUGCCAUGCAUAACAUCAUUCGCAAGAUGCCUAUGUUUCUCGUGGACCGCAACGAUCCUUCCAAACUCGUGUUUUUCUACCAGGGUUCUGGGAUGCAGCUUGGUGCAGAGGGUUUUGCCGUGGGGUUUCUUUACACUGUUGUGGGCCUUCUCUUGGCGUUUAUGACCCACGGGCUAGUCAAGAUUAGGAACGUGAGCGUGCAGCGGGUGGUUAUGAUUUUCGCGCUCUUAGUUUCGUUUUUGGCUGUGAAGCAGGUUGUUUACUUGGAUAACUGGAAGACGGGUUACGGGAUUCAUGGGUUUUGGCCCUCUAGCUGGAAUUGA